AAUUACUGUUAUAGUGUUAUUGUGAUUUGUGUCUACUUUUUUAAUUUAAACAGUGUUCUACUCAUCUACUCUAAGUAUUAACUGUCUUAUGUCUAGAGAGUAAUAUCUAUUGUGUUUUGACAAUUUCGAGUUUCGAAAUUUUAGUUACUAGUUAUAAAUUUCAGAUACAUGGUCCAUACAUAAUUUAAGAAUUUAAUACAGUGUUUUAUCAAUGUUGUCAUUGUCAUUUGAAUUCUACAUCGAAUGCUAGUAUAAUAACCUCAUUUUCACUCAAAUAUAGUUUUAAAAAAUUUUGUUAUGGGUAUUACUGGUUUAGCAAAACUUAUAGCAGAUAUUGCUCCAAAUGCCAUUAAGGAAAAUGAAAUUAAAAAUCAUUUUGGCCGAAAAAUUGCAAUUGAUGCUUCAAUGAGUCUUUAUCAGUUUUUGAUUGCAGUUCGUAGUGAAGGAGCACAACUAACAAGCGCUGAUGGUGAAACUACUAGUCAUAUUAUGGGCACAUUCUAUCGUACAAUAAGACUUUUAGAAAAUGGUAUUAAACCAGUUUAUGUAUUUGAUGGUAAACCACCUCAAAUGAAAUCAUCAGAAUUAGAAAAACGAGCUGAUAGAAGACAGGAAGCACAAAAAUCAUUAGAAAAAGCAGAAGAAGCUGGUGAUGCAACUGGAAUUGACAAAUUCAGUAAACGAUUGGUAAAAGUAACAUCUACUCAUACUACCGAAUGCAAAGAACUACUAAAAUUAAUGGGAGUUCCUUUUGUGGAAGCUCCAUGUGAAGCUGAAGCACAGUGUGCUGCUAUGGUAAAAGCUGGUAAAGUAUAUGCCACUGCUACUGAGGAUAUGGACGCUUUAACAUUUGGUUCUCCAGUUCUAUUACGUCAUAUGACAUUCAGUGAAGCCAGAAAAAUGCCAAUUCAAGAAUUUCAAUUAGAUUCAGUAUUGGAAGCAAUGGAAAUGUCUAGAGAUGAAUUCAUAGAUCUGUGUAUACUGUUAGGAUGUGAUUAUUGUAACAGUAUUAAAGGGGUUGGGCCAAAACGAGCUAUCGAGCUAAUACGACAAUACAGAUCAUUAGAAAAUAUCAUUGAAAAUUUAGAUACUAAAAAAUAUCAAGUACCUGAAAAUUGGCCGUAUAAAGAAGCUAGACGGUUAUUUAUUGAACCAGAGAUAACAGAUCCUGAAUCUAUAGAUUUAAAAUGGAUAGAUCCAAAUGAAGAAGGAUUAGUCAAAUUUUUAUGUGGUGAUAGAGGGUUCAAUGAAGAUAGAGUAAGAAAUGGCGCUAAAAAGUUAAUCAAAGCACGAUCAGGUACAACUCAAGGCAGAUUGGAUUCAUUUUUUACUUUCUCUACUAAGCCAAAUAAGCGUAAAGCUGAGGAAGCAAAAGCAGCAGCAGAAGCUAGUAAGAAAGCAAAAAAAGGAAAUUAUAGCAAACGGGGUAGACCAAAAUAAAUCACUUAAAUUUUAUUUGUUUAAUAGUUGUUUUUUUUUUAAAUUAAAUAUUAGAUUUACUCAUUAAA